AUGAACGAUCAGCCGUCCUCCUCUUCCAUACCGGUUGGUACUGGCUUGGCUGAUCCUUGGGCCUCGUCGAUUUCGGGGGAGCAAUCAGCUUCUUCAGCUCCGCUUUAUCCAAGUGGCCAUUUCGCCCACAGUGAUCCAUGGAUGCCAACGACGGUGCAAAUUGCGAGCACAAUAGUGGCUAGGUCUACAAUGGUUGAGGAUCCCAGUUCAGAUUUCUCUUCGGCAUGGGACCAGCAACUUCAGCAGUCGUCUAAAACAGAUGUGAGCAUUGCUUUUGUUUCUUGA